CGGGGGCGGCUGGCUUACUGGGGCGGGGGGCAGGGAAGGAGGCUGUGGAGGGCAGCAGGGAGGUACAAGUACCCGAGCCGGCUUGUUCAUGUGUAUACACGCUCCCCGCCCCCACCUUAGUAGUAACACAACUGCGCAUGCUCACAGAUCAGCCAUUCAUGAACCCACUUGCGCUCCUGCUAUGCUGAGUCCCGGGCACUCCAGGUUGACUGUGCCGAACCAGCUCCCUGUCCUCUUGGAGACUACAGUAUAGUGCAGGAGACUGUCUCAGAACCCAGGAAGUUCUGAGAUAGGAUGACAGAGUCACGGGGAGGACGUGCCCAUGUCAUGACUGGAUUAACUGCACUAUAUCGUGUCUAAAACCCAAGUAAUACUACAGGAAAAGCACAGCCGGCUGAGGGCCCAGGGAAGAGAAGAGGUUGAAUUAAGCUGGGCCCUGCAGGAUGCAUAGGAGUUGGUUAAGCAAACAUGGAGGGAAGCAAGACCCCAAAAUUACACCACGAACUACAGCACCCCAUAGGUGUGUCUGGUAGCCAUGGACAUUCACUUAUUCCUCACCCUCUACUGUAUGUCAGGAACUGUGAACUUCUAGAAAUACAGGGACAAGAGAGACAGAAAUAGUCCUUGCCCUCAUGGAGUACAGUCUGGCUGGCAGGCAAACAGGAACAAGUAAACAGGCUGAUCACGACCAUUGCUGUGGCAGAAAAUUGGGUUCUGACCAGGGAAUGACGAUGGGUGAGCUGUGACCCGAAGGCACUGGAGCAGGGAUUUCCCAGAUGGAGGGAACAGUCGGGGUGGGGAGGGAUGAGCUUGGCAAGUUCAAGGGACAGAAAAGAGGCCAGGAGGCUGCCGGGCUGGACCAGAGUGAGAGAAGGGGACAGUGGUAUGCGAUGAGUCUGGGGCAUGGGCCAGUCCCUGUCCCUGUCCCUGUCCCUGUCCCUGUCUGAGCUCGAGUUUCCUAACUUGUAAAAUGGGAUGAUAGAGAGAUGCUGUGGGCCAGGGGCCCGGCCUGCUCAGGCUUCCAUCCUCAGCCACAGAACCCAUGCCAUACCUGGACACGUACCCUCAGAUGCCACCCUAGGGCAAAAGUGGGUAUGCCAGCAGACCCGUGUCCAGGGUCACCCCGAGGACACACACUAAGCUGUGGACACAAUCAUAUCGGUGCCCACUGACCCCUAUAGGCACCAGCCCCUCUCCCUCCUUCCCCGGGCACCGCAGACAUCCUCAAGUCCCCCUGAUCAUCUUCAUGAUGGGCGGCCCAGGCUGUAGCAAAGAGACACAGUGCAAGAACAUGGCAACCAAGUAUGGCUUCUGCCUCGUGGGGCUGGGCCAGCUGCUGUGGCAGGAGGCCCAAAGCAGCACCCGGCAGGGCUGGGCGAUCCAGGAUAUCAUGCUACAGGGGCUCCUGGUGCCCACGGUGGGCUGGGCCCCCGUCGUCAUCCUGUUUGACUGCUCUAUGGAGACGAUGGUCAGGAGAGCAUUGGCGGGGCCAAGAGGAGCCCUGGGCAGACUGCGAGCCGGCCGUCCACUAGCGCCCGCGGACACACGACAGCCCGUCCUGACCUCUAGCAGCAGAAGGUCCUGCCCCAAGACGCGAGUGUGCCCGGCUGGCUGCUCCCCGCCCUGGCCCCCAUGGGAGCAGAUCUCCAGCUUCAACAGCACCGGUGGCACUGUGGCACGGCCUCUCGGGGCCGGUGACCCGCCGUGCGUGCCGGGGACUUCCGUCCUCUCCGCUAGGCAGUUCCGGUGAAGGCUGCGGCCUCCCAGCUGUGACGCCUAAGACCUAACGGCAGUGACUGGCUCCCACACUGCAAAAUUAAACACUUAGAACAUAGCUGUAAAACGUAAGAUCACGACAGCUGGCCGACCGCAGCGCAACUCCGAUCCGGCCAUACAGAUUCUCAAGGUGGCAAGCAGGGAUCGCAAUUUUCGAAGUGACUCACGUCAUCCGUGGUCACAAAGAUAGGGAACUCUGGUGAUGUUCCCACCCCCGACUGACAGUGGAACGUGAGAUGAGACUAGAGAGGGACAGCAGCGCCUGUGGAUGAGCUCUGACCAGGGAGGACACGACGGGAGGCCCCCUCCCUGCGGGACACGUGCCAGGCUCGGCCUGGCCUUUGCUGACUACACCCCUCCUCCCUCACUGCCCCGCAGCUCCGGACGCUGCCCGGCUUCAGAGGCCACGAGUGGUUUCCCCAUGCUGAGGCGGAGGUCAACCCCGCUGUGACUCAGAACCAACCCCGCUUGCUCCCCCUCCUCUAGAUCUUGGCAGAAGC